GAAAAUUCACAUGCGUGUGUACUUCUUCAAAAGUGAGCUUGCUUACACCUUGUUAUGUUCGUGAAUCACAUGUCUGACAACAAAGACAUCGAACAUGCUCGUUGCCGAGAGUCUGUAAAGCGCAAGUUGAAGUCCGUGUAAUCGUCAUAGCUCUUGUCUUCUUACCGAAUCGGAUAUACUAAAAAUUUCUUUCUUGUUUCCGUCGAUGGCGUACCCAUAGGUUAGCUAGUUGCAGUCCUGUAAAUAUUAGCCAAUUCUUGCCACAUCAUUGCAGAUAUAGGCGUAAAUGCGUGAUCAAAACCUGACCAAACGUGCAGUAGGGCAAUCACACACUGCAGUUUUCCUCAGUUGGUUGGCAGGCACUGAUAAGUAAACCAUGAGGCUUAAACUGUAUCACUCUUCUUACAUCUACAUUUGCGCACUUGUUUUUGUGUGCCUGUGGACACAGUGCAGAUUUGAAGACAUAGAUGAUGACGAUGCUGUGGUGACCACAGAAGAAAUAGUACCGGAAGAGGCAGUUGUAAAUGAAGAAAUAAAUUAUGAGAGUCCUAGACCAUCUGGAAAUGUUUAUUUUGCUGAGCAUUUUGAUGAUGUGAAUCGAUUCAAACAGAGAUGGGUUAGUUCUGAAGCAAAGAAAGAAGGCAUUGACGAGAACAUAGCAAAGUAUGAUGGUAGGUGGGAAGUCGAACCUCCUGUAAAAGAUGGUUUGAAAGGAGACUUGGGAUUGGUACUGAAAAGUAAAGCAAAGCACGCAGCAAUUUCAGCGCGGCUGGAUAAGCCAUUUAGCUUUGUAGAUAAGCCACUCAUUGUUCAGUACGAAGUAGUCCUGCAGGAAGGACAAGAAUGCGGUGGUGCGUAUCUCAAGCUGCUUUCAGCAGGAAAGGCCACUGCCGAUUUGUGCCAAUUCCACGAUAAAACGCCGUACACCAUUAUGUUUGGGCCAGACAAGUGUGGUAAUGAUCAUAAGUUACACUUUAUCUUCCGACACAAAAAUCCAGUUAAUGGAACUUUAUCAGAAAAGCAUUGCAAGAAACCUAAAGAACGCCUGGAAGAGCCUUUCAAAGACAAACAGCCCCAUCUCUACACCCUAGUGGUACGGCCUGACAAUUCGUUUACCAUUAGCUUAGACAACAAGGUGAUUAAUGAAGGAAGUUUAUUAGAGGACUUCACUCCUCCUGUUAAUCCCCCAAAUGAGAUUGAUGAUCCAAAUGAUAAAAAACCUGACGACUGGGAUGAGAAAGAGAAGAUACCAGACCCAGAUGCUCGAAAACCUGAUGACUGGGAUGAGAAUGCACCUGCUAUGAUUGUUGAUAGCAGUGCAACAAAACCAGAAGGGUGGCUAGAAGAUGAACCAGAGAUGAUACCUGACCCAAAUGCUGAGAAACCUGAUGAUUGGGACACAGACAUGGAUGGAGAUUGGGAGGCUCCAUUAAUUCCUAAUCCUGUAUGUGAGAAAGCUCCAGGUUGUGGGCCAUGGAAACCACCUAUGGUAGCUAAUCCUGCAUACAAAGGGAAAUGGAGAGCACCUCUUAUUGAUAAUCCAAAUUAUAAGGGCAAAUGGAAACCUCGCCGCAUUCCAAAUCCUGACUUCUUUGAGGACAAGUCACCUUUCAAAAUGACAACAGUCUCAGCUGUGGGGUUUGAACUUUGGUCAAUGUCAAACAUGAUUUUGUUUGAUAAUAUCAUUGUAACUGAUGAUCCUGCUGUUGCUGAGAGGUGGGCAGCUGAAACCUUUAUACUGAAACGCAGAAAAAUUGAUAAGGAUUCUGAAUCACUCUUCAUGCGGCUAGUGAAAUACACCAAUGAACAGCCAUGGCUAUGGGCUGUGUAUGUAGUAGUGAUUGGACUUCCCAUAGUUCUGGUGAUUGUGUUUUGUUGCGGCUCCUCAAGCAAGGAACGUGAUGAACAUAGGCGUACUGCUGAAGCAAAGAAGACAGAUGCUAUAUCUCCUGAUGAUAACAUAGAAGAAAUACAGGAACUGAAACCAAGAAACAAUGUUCCAACUUCGAAGAGUGAUCUGGAGGUUCCAGAAGAGGAAGAGGAAGAAGAAGAAGAAGAAAAAACAGCAGCAGCAGCAGAUGCUGCAGCAGAAUCAGAAGUGGCAACUUCUGGAGUUCAGGAUGAAGGGGAGAAAACUAAAGGAUCCGAAGACUCUAAACCUGAGCAUACAUCAGUUUCGGAACCUGAAGUGGAAAUAAUUGAAGAAGAGGAAGAAGAAAAUAAAGGUGCUGAUGGGGAAACAGCUGCAGGAGAUGCACCUCGGUCUCCAAAGAAAAGACGCCCCCGGAAGGAAUAAAUUGUCCUAAAGCAAUGCAGCUGAUCUUUGCAUUACCUCAAAGUGCAGCUUCAGUUUACUGUGCUUUGUGACUGAAAGAGAAACUCUGAACAUAGAGUGCUAAUUUUGAUUGUGUUUGUUUUACAUUGUUGAAAAUAUUGUGCAGAUGUUUAUAGUUUUAUGUAUUACUGUAUGUGUUCAUGACUGUCAGUGUGAAUCAAAUAUGGGUAACAAACUCAGUUAUUUUUUAAAAAAAAUGCAGUUGAAAUAUUUUCGUUACACUGCUUCAGUUCUGGUCAUUUUAACUGUUUCAUUUAUGUUUUUUAUUUAUAUAUAAUUAUUAUUGUUUUCUUAAAGUUUAGUAUGGAUGUGUCGCAGAGAAUAUGGUUGAAGUAACAAGUGUGUACCAAAGUUUUUGUAGUGUUUGCAUAAUCUUGCUAUCAAUGCCUUAUAAUGCUGGAAAUCAUUGCCAGGAUAAACAUUCAUUUCAUUCCAUGCCAUUUAUUUCUACAUAAUGAUAUGUAAAGAAAUUUAAAGCUGUUAGAUAUUUUAGUUUGGAAGAUGCUGAAGAGUAUUAAAUUGUCAUUUAGUAACCUCAUUCUUCCAAUAUGUUAUACUUUUAUCCAUGUUCCAUGUAUAUUAUUUCAAAAGUAUUUAUUGUAGAAAUUUGAGGUUCUAAUAUAGAAUGAUCAUUUUGUAAGGAGAUAACGAAUAAUUGGACGUGAGCUUGUUAGAAAUAUUUAUGCAUUUUCACAAUAAAUUGAAAUAUAAUCUGUUUUAUUGUAUGUUCUCACUUAAGAACAAGUGAAGUACUUAGAAAUAAACAGUGUUACACAAUA